AUGUCGCAUGCUUUUAAGCCCAUAUUGGAAAGCCCGUGCAUAAUUCUAAGAGAAAAGAAACCGAAUAAAAUACAAAAACGCCGCCGCAUAGCUUUGACCUUAACCCUACUUCCGCGAUACUCGCCUCCUCAGCCACUGUUUGCUCAUUUUCAUCCAUCUUCUUCAGCUGCAUCUUCACCCAUAUCUGUCCUUCAAAAUCCCAAAACCUUAGGUAAAGGAAAAAUGAAUCUCCUCCGCAACGCAAUCAAAUCGCGCGUUUCGGUUCUAACGGUCAAGCCAACCCACGCCUUACCUUCAUUCCUCCGCGAAUCGCCAAGACGGUUCUCCACCGAAUCGGAUCAACAACAACCGCCGUCACCCGACGCUUCCGUCGAUGCAUUUAUCGAUUCCGCGAGCAAAGGUUUUGUUUAUGGGAAGCUCUUUGGAGCGACGAAGUAUACAAUGAAGAGCGAUAUAGUCAGCUUGCUUGAAGGGUGUAAUCUAACGCCCGAUGAUAUUAAAGUCAGCUACAACCGCAACUUUUUUCCUGUUGCAAUGAUGUUGCGGUUCCCAUCACCUGGUGCAUUUAGUAAUGCAACAAGGACGAUUCGGAGGUUUGACCGGCUAUACCGAUUGGAUAGGGUUAAUACUGGUGACUGGGACAUAGUUACACCAUACAAUGGGAAAACUGUGGUGCUGCAAGGACUUCCCCGGAGUGCGGGUUUUGAAGAUAUAGAGCGUUUCCUUUCUGGUUGUGACUAUGACUCAACCUCAAUCCAAUCUUUUACAUCAACUAGACCUGGAUCUACCAACGUUUUCAGAUUAACAACUGUGCAAUUCACCUCCCAUAUCCAAGCAAUGAAUGCAUGCAUUAGCAAAAACAGAAAAGUUUGUCUCAAUAAUCAAGUCUCAGUCCGAGUUCUUUACUAAAAAUUCGAUCGUUUUGGGGUAUCGCAUUAAGAUUGACCACCAGAAUGGCAGGCUUCAUGAUUCAAACUGAACUAUGUGAUUUUUUUGCCCGUUUGAUAAUUAUGAGACGCAUUGGACUUGUUUAUAUAUUUGCAUGGAUAAGUACUCUCAAUGCUAGACUUCUUAUUCGUUUGUUACUGAAAUCAUAUUAGUUGGAAAUAAUGAAAGAUUGCGCUUAUCUCGUU